AGGAAAAGAACAACAUUGCCAACCAGGACAAGUCACAACAAAGGACAGGGCAAGAGGGCUAAAACAAGGUGUAGUAAGAAGCCUUUGCAUGUCAACUUCAAGGAGCUUGGAUGGGAUGACUGGAUAAUAGCCCCAUUGGAUUAUGAAGCUUACCAUUGUGAGGGUAUGUGUGAUUUUCCUCUAAGAUCCCAUCUGGAGCCUACCAACCAUGCCAUAAUCCAGACCUUAAUGAAUUCAAUGGACCCUGAGUCCACGCCACCCAGCUGCUGUGUCCCAUCCAAACUCAGCCCCAUAAGUAUUCUAUACAUAGACUCUGGCAACAACGUGGUCUACAAACAGUAUGAAGACAUGGUUGUAGAAAACUGUGGUUGCAGGUAG